AUGGUCUUCACAUCGCCGAAAUGGGUUCCUCAGUUGCCCAUAGACCCUCCGGAUACCAUCACCAUUGCUGAGUUCAUGAGCAAUGAAAAGUACGGUCGCUAUCCUAUUGCGGAAGCAAGAAACCCGUACACUUGUGGCCUAUCGGGCAAGUCGUACACAGCGUCCGAGGUGAAGCAGCGAACAGACUACAUGGCCAGGGCACUCUCAAAGAAGCUCGAUUUCGCGCCCAACGAGGGCACAGAGUGGGAUAAGGUCAUCGCGCUCUUCUCGCUCAACACGAUUGAUUACAUUCCCUUCACCCAUGCAAUCCAUCGCCUGUCAGGCAUUGUCACCCCCGCCAGUGCCGCGUACUCGGCUCAAGAACUCGAGCAUCAGCUGCGCUCCUCCAACGCCAAGGCUCUCUUCACCUGCAUUCCCUUGUUGGAGACUGCUCUCAAGGCCGCGAAAGCUGUCAACCUUCCUAAUGACCGCAUUUUCUUGCUGCCAGUACCCGGCGUCAGCCAGAAGACGCCCUAUAUCACACUCGACGACUUGGUCGAGGAGGGAAAAUCUCUGCCUGAAGUGGAACCCUUGAAAUGGGUCAAGGGACAAGGCGCACGCCAAGUUGCCUAUUUGUGCUACUCGAGUGGCACUUCCGGUUUACCUAAAGCCGUCAUGAUUUCUCAUAGAAACGUAAUCGCCAACGUCCUUCAAUUCACAACAUACGAAAUCGUCCCGAGGAAAGAGUUGGGCAUCAAGACACAAGCAGUCCUGGGUUUGUUACCCUUCAGUCAUAUAUACGGUCUGGUUGUCAUUGCACACUGUGGAACCUGGCGCGGUGACAGCGUCAUUGUGCUGCCCAAGUUUGAGCUUAAGCAAUUCUUGGAGACUGUCCAACGCUUCAAGAUCAACUGCCUUGCAGUGGUUCCGCCAAUUAUCAUCCAAGUCAUCCGCAAUCCGGAGCUUUGCAAGAAGUAUGAUCUCACAUGCGUGCGCUUCGUCUACACUGGUGCAGCGCCUCUCGGAGCAGAGACGGUGGAGGACCUGAAAAAGCAGUACCCCAAGUGGCACGUUGGCCAAGGCUACGGCAUGACCGAAACCAGCACGGUCGUUUGCACGACAUCCGAGAUCGACAUCGACGUUGGAUCGUCGGGCUCCCUCGUGCCGGGUGCCCGCGGCAAGAUCGUCGAUCCUACGACCGGCGAGGAGAUCACUGAGUACAACAAGCCUGGCGAGCUCCUUGUACAAUCACCCUCGGUGGUUCUGGGCUACCUCCACAAUGAGCGCGCCAACGCCGAAACAUUUGUGUGGUACGACGACGGCCGUUGGAUCCGUACCGGCGACGAGGUCCUGGUGCGCAAGUCGGCCGCCGGCAACGAGCACCUCGUCAUCGUUGACCGCAUCAAGGAACUCAUCAAAGUCAAGGGCCACCAGGUCGCGCCUGCCGAGCUCGAGGCACACAUCCUCACCCACCCGGCUGUGUCCGACACGGCCGUCAUCCAGGUACCCGACGAGCGCGCCGGCGAGGUGCCCAAGGCCUAUGUCGUUCGCGCCACCGGGCACGCGUCCAGGCCCGAGGCCGAGGUCGCGGCCGACAUCUGCAAGUACGUCGAGGAGCACAAGGCGCGGCACAAGUGGCUCAAGGGCGGCGUCGAGUUCGUCGAUGUCAUCCCCAAGAGUCCCAGCGGCAAGAUCCUCCGUCGUCUUCUCCGUGACCGCGAGAAGGAAGCCAGGAGGGCUAGUGGUGCUAAGCUUUGA